AUGGGCUCCCAUAGGAAGGCCAUGGUGCGUGCUGAGAGGCAGAGCGGGAACGAGAAAAAUGAUUCUGAGGAUUUCAGUGAAACGCUGGAAAAAUCUGGACAAAAAAGCGUGAAAAAUGAAGAACUUGUUCUAGAGAACAAUGUGAACGGCAUGAACUCAAGCGGGAGCGAGCAAAACCAGGAAGACGACGAACUGGAUUUAGCAGAUGUCUCUUCAGAUGACGGAACUUUAAAUGGAGAAGACAGUGAAAAAGAUGAAAGUGAAGACGAAGAUGAUGACUUCCCGAAAAAGAAGAAAGCCAAGAUGAGUAAACACGAUGACGGGUCAGCAGGGUUUUCUACCGCAGUGAAUGCCAUAUUAUCGUCUCACCUUAAGGCUUAUGACAGGGCUGAUCCGAUCAUGGCGAGAAACAAAGGCGUUUUGAAAAAAAGCCAGAAAGACAAGCUUGAAGUGAAAGCUAAAAAAGCGAUCUUAGCCGAGAAGAAGAAGCUGUUGAACAAGACCAGAAAGAAGGACAUCAUUCCCGUGGUGCCAGAAUCCGAAUCCGGUGAAGAGAUCAGAAAGAUAUUAGAAAAAGAACGUAAGCUCAGAAAGAUCGCUCAGAAGGGUGUCGUCAAGCUAUUUAAUGUCGUCUUAGCCACCCAGGUGAAAACAGAGAAGGAAAACGCCGAUAAACUUGAUGAAGUGAAAAAUAAAGGUGCAAGGAAAGAGCUUUUGACGGACCUCUCGAAGGAGAGAUUUUUAGAUCUCGUUAAAACCGCCGGCGACCCUUGA